AGCCUUUAAUUUCGUUUCGGAGCUCAAGAGCUUCAACAAUGGCAGAUCCAGAUGACACUCCUGAUUCGAAUGCAGAUGUUUCUUGGCAAAAUCGUAGCAUCGAAGUCAAUACUACCGAAAAUCUCCCUAACCGAAUUUCAAGCAGUGCUAUUGACGGUAGGGAUUUGAAAAAGUCCACAUCCACCCCUACCCUUUCUAUGUCUCUACACAUUCAUUUUGAUGCAAAUUCAGCUUUAUUCUCUACUUUUAGGUCGGUCCAUGCUGGGAUUUUCUUUAACAUCCCCGAUUUAGUUAUCUGUGCCGGUUCACCCGACAUUCCCAGUGGCAGCUACAAGGAGUCCCCUAGGAUUUUCAGGGGUGCCUCCAUUGAGCUUUCCUUAGAAAAUGGCAUUAAUGGGCCAGAAGUAGAAAACCAGGCAACCCCAGAUGCCGCAAAGUGUCAAUCAACUUGGCAAGUGGAGGAGGGGUACAAUAGUCCAGAAGUUUCCUUGGAGCUUCUUCCAGCAUCACUGAUUGAAGAGAAGUUUCCUGAAAAAUCCCUCCCUGUUGUAUGCAUCAAUUCAGGCUCACUAGAUGAAGCAGCAAUGCUGGCUGGGACUAAUUUUCUAGGGGACAGUUUUUUCUCUGGUGGUGAUACUAUAAGGACUGACAAUGAAAUUGGAGAUGGAGCAGAAAUGAAUCUUUACCAAACAGCACGACUCGGUAACUUUUCGUAUAACCUCAAUGCAUUGGAAAGGGGGAAUUACUUGGUCGAUCUUUACCUUGCAGAAAUUGUGUUUACAAAUGGCCCUCCCGGAAUGAGGGUGUUCAAUGUUUACUUGCAAGAGCAGGAGGUUGUUUCUGACAUAGAUAUUUAUGCUCGAGUUGGUGCAAAUAAGCCUCUAGUUAUCUCUGAUCUGAAAACCUUUGUUAGUGGUGAUGAGGGCUUGAGUGAUUGGAAGCCCUCUUGUUUGUGGCAUUCUGUGAAGAAAGAUCUUUCAGCAAGUAUAGAAGAAAUUGGAUUGCUCAAUGCUACAGGAAUGUUACAAGAAAACAGGCCAUCGAAAGAUUGUAAGGACACUGAAGUGGAAGGAGAAUUUCAAAAGCUUCUAUUAGGGUAUGAGUGCCAGAAAAAGGAGCUGAUGGAGACAAGGGGGGCACUAGAGGAGCUUAGGAGAGAGAAUGAAUUUAAGAGCAAAGAGUGCCAAGAAGCAUGGAAGUCUUUAAAGGAGCUCCAGAAUGAGCUCAUGCGCAAGUCAAUGCAUGUUGGUUCCCUGGCUUUUGCCGUAGAGGGACAAGUGAAAGAGAAGAGCAGAUGGUUUUCAUCCUUGCGAGAUCUUAAAAGGAAAUUAAAGAUCUUGAAAAUGGACCAAAUCAAGCUGUCUGAGGAAGCAUUAUCUUACAAGAAGUUUGUGGCAGAUAUGAAUGACAUGAGCUGUAUCAUUCAGUCCAAAUUAAAUCAGCAAGUACAGUUACAUGAAGAUCUCAAAAUCAAAUUCAUCAAAGGGCCAAGGAACGGAAAGAAUUUUACAACAAGCUCCUGGAGGAACAUUAGGGUCUUUUGCAGGUGUAGACCACUGAACGCUGAAGAGAUUGCUGCCGGAGUUUUGAUGGCAGUUGAUUUUGAAGCUGCUAAAGAUGGGGAGCUGAUAGUAAAAUCAAAUGGUGCACCAAAAAAGAGUUUCAAGUUCGAUGCUGUUUUUGGUCCUCAAUCAAGCCAAGUUGAUGUUUUUGAGGACACAGCCCCAUUUGCAGCCUCAGUCCUAGAUGGAUACAAUGUGUGCAUAUUUGCAUAUGGGCAAACGGGAACUGGGAAAACUUUUACAAUGGAGGGCACAGAUGAAGCCCGUGGAGUCAACUAUAGGACUCUUGAAGAGUUGUUUCGCAUCAUUAAGGAACGACAGGGGCUGUUUCAAUAUGAAGUAUCAGUCAGUGUUUUAGAGGUUUACAAUGAGCAGAUUCGAGAUUUGCUAGGAUCAGGAACUCAGCCAGGAGUAACUGCCAAAAGGCUUGAGGUAAAGCAAGUGGGAGAGGGAAUACAUCACGUCCCAGGACUGGUUGAAGCUAAUGUGAACAACAUGAGUGAGGUUUGGGAAGUUUUACAGACAGGCAGCAAUGCAAGAGCAGUUGGAUCAACCCAUGCUAAUGAGCACAGUAGUCGAUCUCAUUGCAUACACUGCGUAAUGGUCGAGGGAGAGAACUUGUUGAAUGGGGAAAGCACAAGAAGCAAGCUUUGGCUGGUUGAUCUAGCUGGAAGCGAGCGAGAACUCCAAGCUCACCCACUUGCUUCAAGACUCUCUAGGAGGGGAUUCAAAGACGUUGAUAUAAGUCCCAAUGAGAAUGACCAGAGCGAGACACUUUGCUCACUCAACUUUGCCAGUAGAGUGAGAGGGAUAGAGUUAGGUCCUGCAAAGAAGCAAAUAGACAGCAGUGAGCUUUUAAAAUAUAAACAACUGGUUGAGAAGGCCAAGCUAGACUUAAAAGGCAAAGAUGUGCAACUUAAAAAGAUGGAGGACACAAUCCACGGUUUGGAUGUGAAGAUGAAAGAAAAAGACCUGAAAAACAAGAACUUGCAGGACAAGAAACUAGCACGGCAACAUGUUGAGUCGAAACUGGGAGAACAACAACAACUAAUGAGACAACUGCAAGAAGAGCAGAACUCUGCCGUUACUAGGCCACCGCUAGCAACUAGACCACUCGGACUUAACAAGAACUUCAACGAAGGGAAAGAACAAGUAAACCACAUUCGACCACUUUCUGAGAACAACACUUGCAAGCUUCCAUCAACCCCCCCUCAUAAUGAUCCCUCAGAGAAAGAAAACAAUCCCGACAUAGCAGAGCAAAUAUUUAUACCAAAACGAACUGGGAGGGCUUCUCUUUGCCCCGAACAUUCCCAUCUCUUCAGCUCCACGGCGUGCAUCUCUGAUCCUUUACCAUUGCCAACAAUCCUAGCCGGCAAAAAGGAAGACACAGAAGGGGUUGAAGCUAAAGGCUUUCCUGAACCCACACCCUUGGAGAAUAGUCCCAAAGAGCUCAAGAGCGGGGGGAAGAAGCUGACCAGUGCAUUGAGAAGAAGCCUUCAGAAGAGAAUUCAGAUUAGGUCCCCAAUGCCACAACAUGUGAGGAGAGGAGGCGUGAAUGUGGGGAUGGAGAAAGUUAGGGUCUCCAUCGGGGGCCGAGGGAGGGUGGCUCAUAGGAUGUUACUUGGUAAUGCUAGGAGGGCUAUGAAAGAUGUUCAGCAGAAGCAAAGCCAGAGGGAGAAGGAAAGGGGAUGGAAUAUUGGAACUGCAGGGAAAACAGUCCUA